AUUCAGACAAGAUGAACCUUCCUCCCACCAGAGUAAUCAUCUAUGCGUGCGAAACCGAUAUCACCGGCUGCCCCCAGAGGCGUCAUGUCCAAAUUGGGGAGGAUUUCUGCGAAACCGUCUUAAGUCGUGCAUUCAACCCUACACUUCAUCCGGCGGGGUACGACCACAUCCAUAUUCCGGCGGAUUUCGACUCGCUGAAGCCUCUGAAGCGAUGGUUCAUUCUGGAUUUAGAUGUCACUCAACCGCUCAGCCAGGAAGAUCUUUUGCAGCUUCCCCAUCACGUAUACCUUGCCAGUCAGCAGGGUCAGGGUGGCACAUUGUGAGAUGUCCAGAGAAGGUUUUGGAUAUCGACUCGACCACCCUUUCUGACUACACAGAUCCUUUAUCCCCCGCAGUCGGUGGGCUGACAAGGCAAAGGAACGGGCUCUUUCGUACGCCUGGGGAGGGAAAGAGGAGCAAAGGAUUGUGGAAGAUCUACGGAAGGAGAUGCAUUAUGAGGAAGAAACAAUGCCCUAACACCCUCGCUCGUUACAUUCUAAGGCGUCUCUGGUGGUGUGUCCCCCUUAGACCCCUGUCUAAGGCUGUCUGGAGUGGACUGACCUGGGAAAGACGCUAAACUAGCCCCAGGAAUCAAAGGAAAGCUCCCAGCAUAGAUUCAGCUACUCACAGCCAUCUGAGCAGUCAGGUCUAUUGUUGCUAGAAACCCAUACACAGGCCGUGCACUAACUUC